AUGACAAUGAUGAAUGAAAGCCACCACCCUGAAGAGUUCAUUCUACUCGGCUUUGCUGACCGACCUUGGCUCCAGCUCCCUCUCUUCACUGUUCUUCUCAUCACAUACCCCAUGGCCUUGGUGGGAAACAUCGCCAUCAUCCUGGUGUCUAGGCUAGACCCCCGGCUCCACAGCCCCAUGUAUUUCUUCCUCACCAACCUCUCCUUCUUGGACAUGUGUUACACCACCAGCAUUGUCCCUCAGAUGCUGUUCAACCUGGGAACCUCUAAGAAGACAAUCAGCUACAAGGGCUGUGUGAUUCAGCUUUAUUUAUUUCACACCAUGGGGGGCACCGAGUGUCUGCUCUUGGCUCUUAUGUCGUUUGAUCGCUAUGUGGCCAUCUGUAGACCUCUGCACUACACCCUCAUCAUGAAUCAGCGCAUCUGCAUCCUGUUAGCGUCUGUUGUGUGGCUCAGUGGAAUCGCCUAUGCAGUCUCAGAGGCCACUGUUACAUUACAGCUGCCUCUGUGUGGUGUUAAUACAUUGGAUCACUUGCUGUGUGAGAUCCCAGUGCUGAUCAAGACAGCCUGUGGUGACAAGGGGACUAAUGAACUCACACUCUCUAUCGUGUGCAUUUUCAUGUUAGCUGUUCCUCUAUGCCUAAUUCUUGCUUCCUAUGCUAGUAUUGGACAUGCUGUAUUUAAGAUUAAAUCUUCUGAGGGAAGGAAAAAGGCCUUUGGGACAUGUUCCUCUCAUCUCAUUGUAGUCUUCUUAUUUUAUGGUCCAGCAAUAAGCAUGUACCUUCAGCCUCCUUCUUCCAUCUCAAGGGACCAGCCCAAGUUCAUGGCUCUCUUCUAUGGAGUGGUGACUCCAACACUCAACCCCUUCAUCUACACCCUCAGAAAUAAGGAUGUGAAGGGGGCAUUAGGCCACUUGGUAGGGAACAUAAUCUGUUCAAAGUAA